UCUGUCUGAUAUUACAACAGAAGAUACAGAGGGAGAAGAAGAGACGUAUGUGACUGAUAUAAAGGCAGAAGAUACAGAGGGAGAAGAAGAGACGUAUGUGACUGAUAUAGAGGCAGAAGAUAUAGCGGGAGAAGAAGAGACGUAUGUGACUGAUAUGAAGGCAGAAGAUACAGAGGGAGAAGAGGAGACGUAUGUGACUGAUAUAAAUGCAGAAGAUAUAGAGGGAGAAGAAGAGACGUAUGUGACUGAUAUAAAGGCAGAAGAUAUAGAGGGAGAAGAAGAGACGUAUGUGACUGAUAUAAAUGCAGAAGAUAUAGAGGGAGAAGAAGAGACGUAUGUGACUGAUAUAAAGGCAGAAGAUAUAGAGGGAGAAGAAGAGACGUAUGUGACUGAUAUAAAGGCAGAAGAUACAGAGGGAGAAGAAGAGACGUAUGUGACUGAUAUAAAGGCAGAAGAUAUAGAGGGAGAAGAAGAGACGUAUGUGAAGGAUGAUCAGCAGUGUAAGGAGGAGGAGAUCCCUACAGAUAUCAGCACAGAUGGACACACAAGCAGGAAUAUCACAGAAGGACAUCUAAUGUUAUCCCCGGAUUGUGACAUAAAAGAUAAUGACAGUAGACAGGAUUCUCCAGGAGCUAACCCCAUUACCCCAAUUAUACAUCCAGCUUUAUCAGCUGAUCCCUCUGAUCCUGGGAAAUGUUCUCCUGAUCACUCUGAUAUUGGUGCAUCUGUUACAGCUCUGAGAGUAGAUACAGUGUUUCCCUGUUCUAUAGAUGCCAAAUGUUUUACACAGAACACAGAGCUUAUUACACAUCAGCCAGCUAAGGCAAGGGAGAGGCCAUUUCCAUGUUCUGAGUGUGGGAAAUGUUUUACAUACAAAUCAGCUGUUGUUGCACAUCAGAGAAGUCACACAGGUGAGAAACAAUUUCCAUGUUCUGAGUGUGAGAAAUGUUUUGCACAGAAAUCAGAUCUUGUUAGUCCUAACAGAAGUCACACAGGUGAGAGGCCAUUUCCAUGUUCUGAGAGUGGAAAUUUUUUUGCACAAAAAUCACAUCUUGUUAAACAUCGGAGAAGUCACACAGGUGGAAAGCCAUUUUCUUGCUCUGAGUGUGGGAAAGGUUUUGCACAAAAAUCAGAUCUUAUUAAUCAUAACAGAAGUCACACAGGUGAGAAUCCAAUUACUUGCUCUGAGUGUGGGAAAUGUUUUACAUGGAAAUCACAACUUGUUAUACAUCAGAGAAGUCACACAGGUGAGAAGCCAUUUCCAUGCUGUGAGUGUGGGAAAUGUUUUGCACACAAAUCAGAUCUUGUUAAACAUCAGAGAAGUCACACAGGUGAGAAGCAAUUUUCUUGCUCUGAGUGUGGGAAAUGUUUUACACAGAAAUCACUUCUUGUUAUACAUCACAUAAGUCACACAGGUGAGAAGCCAUUUCCAUGUUCUGAGUGUGGGAAAUGUUUUGCACACAAAUCAGAUCUUGUUAAACAUCAGAGAAGUCACACAGGUGCAAAGCCAUUUUCUUGCUCUGAGUGUGGGAAAUGUUUUACACAGAAAUCACAUCUUGUUACACAUCAGCAAAGUCACACAGGUGAGAGUCCAUUUCCAUGCUGUGAGUGUGGGAAAUGUUUUCAACACAAAUCAGCUCUUGUUAUACAUCACAGAAGUCACACAGGUGAGAAGCCAUUUCCAUGUUCUGAGUGUGGGAAAUGUUUUGCACACAAAUCAGAUCUUGUUAAACAUCAGAGAAGUCACACAGGUGAGAAGCCAUUUUCUUGCUCUGAGUGUGGGAAAUGUUUUACACAGAAAUCACAUCUUGUUAGACAUCAGCAAAGUCACACAGGUGAGAAUCCAUUUCCAUGCUGUGAGUGUGGGAAAUGUUUUGCACACAAAUCAUCUCUUGUUAGACAUCAGCAAAGUCACACAGGUGAGAAGCCAUUUCCAUGUUCUGAGAGUGGAAUUUUUUUUGCACAAAAAUCACAUCUUGUUAAACAUCGGAGAAGUCACACAGGUGGAAAGCCAUUUUCUUGCUCUGAGUGUGGGAAAGGUUUUGCACAAAAAUCAGAUCUUAUUAAUCAUAACAGAAGUCACACAGGUGAGAAUCCAAUUACUUGCUCUGAGUGUGGGAAAUGUUUUACAUGGAAAUCACAACUUGUUAUACAUCAGAGAAGUCACACAGGUGAGAAGCCAUUUCCAUGCUGUGAGUGUGAGAAAUGUUUUGCACACAAAUCAGAUCUUGUUAAACAUCAGAGAAGUCACACAGGUGAGAAGCCAUUUUCUUGCUCUGAGUGUGGGAAAUGUUUUACACAGAAAUCACAUCUUGUUACACAUCAGCAAAGUCACACGGGUGAGAGUCCAUUUCCAUGCUGUGAGUGUGGGAAAUGUUUUCAACACAAAUCAGCUCUUGUUAUACAUCACAGAAGUCACACAGGUGAGAAGCCAUUUCCAUGUUCUGAGUGUGGGAAAUGUUUUGCACACAAAUCAGAUCUUGUUAAACAUCAGAGAAGUCACACAGGUGAGAAGCCAUUUUCUUGCUCUGAGUGUGGGAAAUGUUUUACACAGAAAUCACAUCUUGUUAAACAUCAGCAAAGUCACACAGGUGAGAAUCCAUUUCCAUGCUGUGAGUGUGGGAAAUGUUUUGCACACAAAUCAUCUCUUGUUAGACAUCGGCAAAGUCACACAGGUGAGAAGCCAUUUCCAUGUUCUGAGUGUGGGAAAUGUUUUGCACAAAAAUCAGAUCUUGUUAAACAUCACAGAAGUCACACAGGUGAGAAGCCUCUUUCUUGCUCUGAGUGUGGGAAAUGUUUUACACGGAAAUCACAACUUGUUAUACAUCAGAGAAGUCACACAGGUGAGAAUCCAUUUCCAUGCCCUGAAUGUGGGAAAUGUUUUGCACACAAAUCAGAUCUUAUUAGUCAUAACAGAAGUCACACGGGUGAGAAUCCAAUUACUUGCUCUGAGUGUGGGAAAUGUUUUAAAUGGAAAUCACAACUUGUUAUACAUCAGAGAAGUCACACAGGUGAGAAGCCAUUUCCAUGUUCUGAGUGUGGGAAAUGUUUUGCACACAAAUCAGAUCUUGUUAAACAACACAGAAGUCACACAGGUGAGAAGCCAUUUCCAUGUCCUGAGUGUGGGAAAUGUUUUACAUGGAAAUCACAACUUGUUACACAUCAGAGAAGUCAGUCAGGUGAGAGGCCAAUUCCAUGUUCUGAGUGUGGGGAAUGUUUUACAUGAAAAUCACAAUUUGUUACACAUCAGAGAAGUCAGUCAGGUGAGAAGCCAUUUUAAUCCUCUGGAGUAUACUUAUUGCCAUGCGUUGUUCUUCAAGGUUCUUAUCCUAUCUCCUAUGCUUUUUGCAAUAAUACAUGCUACCGCAGGGUGAAAUAAUCAGAUGUCAUGCCCUCAUCUACCACUGCUAUGCAGAUGACCUGUCUUUUGCUCCGGGUGCUGAGGACCCAGUACCAAUCCUAAAUGUCUAGCUGAUCUCCAAGUGUGGGUGAUGCCAGUUGGCUGUGACUCAGUCCUGGUGAAACAGGUCCUUAUGAUAGAAGCUCACCAACAAAUGGCAGGGCUACAGCUCAACUUUGUGAACCAACCAGGCUUGUGCUUAGGGGUUCAGAGUUACAAAAUGCUGAUAAUGGGAGUCAUUCCGAGUUCGUUCGUUGCCGAUUUUCGCUAUGCUGCAAUUAGUUGCAAAUUGCGCAUGUGAAAGGCACGCAGGGCGCAUGCGCUUAGUUAUUUAACACAAAACUUAGCAGUUUUGCUGUGGCUUCUGCGGCGCUUUUCAGUCACUGGUGUUCAGUAAAUGAUUGACAGGAAAGGGGAGUUUCUGGGUGGCAAGUCUGCGUUUUACAGGCGUUUGCAAAAAAAACGCAGGCGUUUCAGGGAAAUCGCGGGCCGAAUGCAGGGCGUGUUUGUGACGUCAAACCAGGAACUAAACAGACUGAGCUGAUCGCAAUUCGUGAGUAGGUCCGCAGCUACUCAGAAACUGCAAAGAAUUAUUUAGUAGCAAUUCUGCUAAUCUUUUGUUCGCAAUUCUGCUAAGAUGGUAUCCGGACUCC